AUGGGAUGGAAGGCCACGCAGAAGCAACUGACCAGACUGACCGUGGUGUUACUGAUGGCGUUAGCAGCCGCCGGCCAAGCCCUGCCGGGCUGCCCUGACUCCUGCGGUGGUGUUUCAUCAAUUCCGUAUCCAUUUGGCGUGGGCUAUUCAUCCGUCACGGGUGAAAAGUGUUUCUUGGAGGAAACAUUGGAGCUUACAUGCAGAAACUCCACCUUAUAUCACGGUGGUGGUAACGUCCAAAUUCUGAACAUAAGCCUCGCUGGUAAAAUGGACAUGCUCAUCUUCACCUCGAACGCGUGCAAAAACGAACGUUUGGGUGCAGUCGAAACAUUUGGUAACCUAUGCAGUCUCGAAACACCGGCUUUCGCAAUUUCUAGCGAGGACAACAAGUUCGUAAGCGUAGGGUGCGACUCUUACGGCUAUCUCAAUAGUUACCGCAACGGUACAGGAUCUUCAACGGGGUGCUUGACGAGAUGCAACAGCUUAGAGAGCGUUGAAAUCAUGCAGAGAAGCGGAAACUGCACGGGCAUAGGGUGCUGCCAAGUGGAUAUACCUCCUGGGAUGAAGAACAUUAGUUUCCAAGCCUUCACCUUCAACAAUUUCAAUUCCACUUCUGAUUUCAACAAGUGUGGCUACUCCUUUGUGGUGAAAAACGGCAACUAUACUUUCUCCCUGGAUCAUUUAGACCAACUCCCAUUCUCCAUGGCACCCCUUGUCGUGGAUUGGAGCGUUAGAAACGACACGUGUGACGCUUCCAUGAGUAGAGCCGAUUAUGCAUGCAAGAGUAAUAGCCAUUGUGAGAACUCGCCCUUUGGAUAUGGUUAUCGAUGCAAGUGUAAUCCAGGCUUUCAGGGAAACCCCUACCUUCCCGAUGGUUGCCAAGACAUUUUGGAAUGUAAAAGUAACCAACACAACUGCGCAAGUCAAGAUUAUUGUCGUGAAACUCCCGGCUCUUUUGAAUGUUUCUGUCCCGAUGGACUCAUCGGAAAUGGAACAACAGAAGGCGGAGGAUGUCGACAAAAGCACCGGCCUGAUCCAUUUGUCAAGAUCGUCAUUGGCGCAGGUGCAGGAUUAAUCGCUCUCUUUAUUGGGGUUUCUUGGCUAUACUUGAUGUACCAGAAAAGAAAGCUCCUCAAAUUAAAGGAGAAAUUCUUUCAGCAGAAUGGGGGCAUCAUUCUCAGACAGCAACUCUCUACAAGACAAGACUCCUCUCAAUCCACUACAAUUUUCAGUGCCGAGCAACUUAAGAGAGCCACCAAUGAUUUUGAUGAGAACUUAAUCAUCGGUAAAGGAGGUUUUGGUACAGUUUUCAAAGGAGUUCUCUCAAAUAAUAAUGUUGUUGCUAUAAAAAAGUCCAAAAUAGUGGAUCAGAGCCAGGUGGAGCAGUUCAUUAAUGAGGUCAUUAUACUGUCACAAAUUAAUCACAGGAAUGUGGUCAAACUCUUGGGUUGUUGUCUAGAGACAGAAGUUCCUUUACUGGUCUAUGAAUUUGUUAAUCAUGGAACCCUUUUUGAUUAUAUACAUAAUCAAGAUCAGAAGGCUAAUGUGUGCUGGAAAACGCGUCUAAGGAUUGCCACGGAGGCAGCUGCAGCUCUGGCUUAUCUACACUCAGCAGCUUCCAUACCCAUCAUCCACAGAGAUGUGAAGACUGCCAACAUACUCUUAGAUGACACUUACACUGCCAAAGUGUCUGACUUCGGAGCUUCAAGAUUGGUUCCACUUGACCAAACUGAAAUAGCCACAAUUGUGCAAGGAACCUUUGGCUAUUUAGACCCAGAGUACAUGCAAUCAAGCCAAUUGACCGAAAAAAGUGAUGUCUAUAGCUUCGGGGUAGUGCUUGUAGAAUUGCUAACAGGGGAGAAACCUUUCUCUUUUGACAGGGCAGAAGAGAAACGAAGUCUUACGGUUCACUUUCUAUGUAGUUUGAAAGAGGAUCGUCUUUUUGAAAUUCUUCAGAUUGGUAUUUUGCAUAAAGAAAAUAAGCAGGAGAUUAUGGAGGUUGCUGUUCUUGCUGCCAGGUGCUUGAGACUUAGAGGGGAGGAAAGGCCUAGCAUGAAGGAAGUGGCAAUGGAAUUGGAGGGAAUAAGGCUUAUGGAGAAACAUCCUUGGAUCAACAAUACAGGCCAAAAUUUUGAGGAGAGUCAAUACUUGCUUGGUGAGGCACAAAGCACUCGUGAACAUGGUGACAGUAGUAGCCAACAAAAUACUGGAUAUGAUAGCUUGAGACAACUCGAGUUAAUUGACUUCGGUAAAGGAAGAUGA